UAGGUAGUAUAUUUUUAGCACAUUUUAUUUUUUUCAAAUGUACUUGUAAGAUUUGUUCUCUACCGUCUAUAUCUGGGUUAGGCACCGUAAUUUGGUUAAUGAAUCUGCCUUAAUCGCUGCGCGUAGAGGUAAAAAAGAAGUUAAUAUGGGGGAUUUAGAAGAAGCUAAAGAUAAGGUGCUGAUGGGGGUAGAAAGGCGUUCAAUGGUAAUGUCAGAAGAGCAAAAAAAAUUAACUGCUUAUCAUGAAGGCGGUCAUGCCUUAGUUGGCCUUUACUGCCCUGCUUCUGACCCAAUUCAUAAAGCAACAAUUAUACCAAGAGGUAGAGCCCUUGGGAUGGUUAUGAGAUUACCAGAAAAUGAUCGUUUUUCUAUGCCUCGUGAUAAAAUGGAAGCGGAUAUAGCAGUAGCAAUGGCUGGUAGAGUAGCCGAAGAGAUUAUCUUUGGUUCAUCUAAAGUUACUUCUGGUGCUUCUUCGGAUAUUAAGAUGGCUACUCAAAUGGCUAGAGCUAUGGUAACAGACUGGGGGCUAAGCGAGAUAAUAGGGCCAAUAUAUUAUGGGUCAGCUAAUGAAGAUCUAUAUAGUCAGGGAAGAGCGGGUAAUAGCCAUAGCUCUCCUCAUACUGCCGAGUUAAUUGAUAAAGAGGUAAAGAAAAUUAUUGAAACAGGAUAUGAUUUUGCUAAAGAUAUAUUAACUAAAAACAUUGAACAACUACAUUUAUUAGCUAAAAUGUUAAUUGAACAUGAAACACUGUCAGGGCAACAGAUUAAAAAUUUAUUAAGUGAUAGAUCAUUGAAUUCUGAAGCAGAAAAUUUAUUUCCAGCCCAUAAUAAUGUGUGA